GUUCUUUUAGUUUAUUCUAGAAGGCCCCACCAACACCACCCAUAACUUCCUUCCCCCACUUUCCCAUUCCCAGUCAUCACCACUCACCACCAAGUCACCACCAACACGAAGCUUUGGUGAUCGGCUUUGAUAUUGUCUCCGUUUUGCUUUUACAGUACUGUAACAAUGGCAGACAUGAUCAAUGUCGUUUACAAGAACGCAAACGAGCCGAUUGAAGCUAGAGUAAAAGAUCUUCUCUCCCGUAUGACUAUCAAAGAGAAGCUUGGUCAAAUGACUCAGAUCGAACGCAGCGUUGCCACUCCCGCCGCCAUCAGAGAUCUCUGUAUAGGAAGUGUGCUGAGUGGUGGAGGAAGCAAGCCGUUUGACAAUGCGACGUCGGCGGAUUGGGCGGACAUGGUGGACGGACUCCAAAAGGGCGCGAUAGACUCGAGGCUUGGCAUUCCAAUCUUCUAUGGCAGUGAUGCUGUUCAUGGCAAUAACAACGUUUAUGGCACAACUAUUUUCCCUCACAAUGUCGGCCUUGGAGCCACCAGAGAUCCCGAUUUGGUCGAGAGGAUAGGUGCUGCUACUGCUCUCGAAACUAGGGCUAGUGGCGUUCAAUAUGCAUUUGCUCCUUGUAUUGCUGUAUGCAAAGAUCCUAGAUGGGGAAGAUGCUAUGAAAGCUAUGGAGAAGACACCCAAUUAGUUAGAAAGAUGACUUCAUUGGUAACAGGCUUGCAGGGUAAGCCUCCCCAAGACCACCCAUAUGGAUACCCUUAUGUGGCUGGAAGGAACAAUGUUAUGGCAUCUGCAAAACAUUAUGUUGGAGAUGGAGGUACUGACAAAGGGAAAAACGAAGGCAACACCAUCAUCGAUUAUGAAAAUCUGGAGAAAAUCCACAUGUUACCUUAUCAAGAUUGUAUUUCAAAAGGCGUUUGCACUGUUAUGGCUUCCUACUCUAGUUGGAAUGGAACCAAAUUACACUCUCAUCGUUAUCUCCUAACCGAUAUUCUAAAAGAGAAAUUAGGGUUUAAGGGUAUUGUGAUUUCAGAUUGGGAAGCACUUGAUCGGUUUCACAGUCCUCAUGGAUCAAACUACAGAAGUGCUGUUUUAUCUGCAGUUAAUGCUGGAAUUGAUAUGGUGAUGGUUCCAUUCAGAUAUGAAUUGUUUUUGGAGGAUUUAUCAUAUUUGGUAGAAUCAGGGGAGAUAUCCAUGUCAAGAAUUGAUGAUGCUGUUGAACGAAUAUUGAGAGUUAAAUUUGCUGCUAAACUUUUUGAAUAUCCAAUGUCUGACAGAUCCUUGCUUGAUAUUGUUGGCUGCAAGCAACAUAGAGAAUUAGCACGUGAAGCAGUUCGCAAGUCACUUGUUCUUUUGAAAAAUGGGAAAGACCCAAGAAAACCAUUUCUACCAUUAAAUAAAAAUGCAAAAAAGAUUCUUGUUGCUGGAAAACAUGCGGAUGAUCUUGGCUACCAAUGUGGAGGUUGGACUGCUACAUGGGAAGGAACCAGUGGAAGAAUCACAAUCGGAACUACAAUUCUGGAUGCGGUUAAAGAAGCAAUCGGAAACAACAACACCGAAGUUGUAUACGAAGAAAAUCCAACAACUGAAAGCUUAUCCGGACAAGAUUUCUCGUAUGCAAUCGUGGCGGUUGGUGAAGCGCCAUAUGUCGAAUCUGGUGGUGAUAAUUCCGACCUCACAAUUCCGUUUAAUGGGGAGGAAUUACUGAAGCUGGUGGCGUCGGAAUCGGGGAUUCCGACUCUGGCGAUUCUGAUUUCUGGUAGGCCUUUGGUUUUAGAGGCAUCGGUUGUGGAAGCUUUGGAUGGAUUAGUUGCUGGUUGGUUGCCUGGGAGUGAAGGGAAUGGAAUCACGGAUGUUAUUUUUGGAGAUUAUGAAUUCCAUGGAAAGCUUCCUGUUUCGUGGUUUAAAUCAGUUGAUCAAUUGCCGAUGGAUCCUCAACAAAACUCGUAUGAUCCUUUAUUCCCAAUUGGGUAUGGUCUAAAAUGUAAAAAUUAAACAUAAAUGUGUUGUUGUUUGUCAUAAGGUUAUUUCUUCUUCUUGUUUGUGAUGUAACGCUAUCUUCAUGUUAUAAGGCUAUAUGUUUGGAGAUUA